AUGCCGCCCCCGCCGUCGGCCGAGGACGCCCAAGGGGGCGUGCCGACGCAGCCGCUCAUCUGGAUCAUCGUGCCCCUGCUCUCCGUCUUCAGCGUCGGCUGCUUCGUCUUCUUCAUGUGGAGACGCCACCAGCGCGCCCGCGACCCCAAUGGCCCCGGCUGGGCCGACGACCGCGUCAUCGGCCCGGGCGGCUUCCUCGUCGCCCGCACCAGCCGCCGUUGGGCCACCCUCGGCGGCACCCGCCCCCUCGAGGGCCUCAACGAGCUCGGCGAGGCGCCCCCGCCCUACGAGGCCAAGACACCGCCGCCGCCUCUCGCCGAGUACCCCCGUGUCGUGCUCCCGGAGCCCGAGGGCGAGGCCGAGGGUGCCAGGGGGCGGCCGCCGGGGUACUGCCACGCGGUACCGCAGAAUCAGAAUCAGCAGAGCCAGCAGAAUCAGCAGCAGCCACGGUCGCCGCCCGAGGCACAUACGGCGCCACCCUCACGAGGAUGUGCCUGA